AUGUCUUCAACUCGCUUAGACGGGUUCAUCACCAGUUCCAUCGCACUUUUAGAGGCAAACCCAUCAUCAACGGUGGUAAGCAUACGAUACCAGAGUGGAGCCAAAGCAGGAAAAGUGACAUUUCGCACUACUAAUGCACAAUUGCUAGCCCGUUAUAAGUUUUCUACUUCAAAAUCUAAAGAUGUUUCGAGAUUGCUUAGUGCAUUAGGACCACGCGGUGUAUCGAUCCAAUCACCCAGUAAAGUAGCCCGUCAGCGUAAAAAAUUGGACGCUAGAGGUCCAACUGACGCAGGUGGGAUGGUGACGCUAAUGACAAACGUGGACAUUCCUGAGGCUGUGGAAGAGACUCCUCAGCCGAAAACAGUAGGAAAAAAGAAGAAGAAGGGCAAGAAACGUUAA